CAGACGUUUGCGUUCUUCGGCAAACUGAAACCAACUGUGACGAGUAGUUCGUUCGCUCACUUUUCAUGUAGCCAAAAAAGAGGCGCCAUUCCAGCAGGCAGGGCGGAAGUUAGAGCGAGCCGGCCAUAACGUAACAUUUGUGACGUCGUUGCUUAUUCCGCUCGGGUUGCCCUCACGCUGUCUGUCCGCUGGAGCGCCAUUGGCGGCGACCGCUCUUCACUAUUAGUCACUAUUACUCCGUUCUGGUCACCAGCUGACUUGAACGGCCGAAUCCUGGGCUUAAUAAGAUGGAGAAGAGGAGGUCAGACUGUCCUGCUCUGCCGCCCGGCUGGAAGAAGGAAGAAGUGAUCAGGAAGUCCGGUUUGAGUGCCGGGAAGAGCGACGUUUAUUACUACAGUCCCACAGGGAAAAAGUUCAGGAGUAAACCACAAUUGGCCCGUUACCUUGGAAACUCAGUGGAUUUGGCAUGUUUCGAUUUCCGGACAGGGAAGAUGAUGCCCGGCAAACUGCAGAAGAACAAACAAAGACUGCGACAUGACCUGCUCAGCUUGGCCAAGGGCGGAAAGCCUGAUCUGAACACGACCCUGCCCAUCAGACAGACGGCAUCAAUCUUUAAACAGCCUGUUACCAAGGUUACAAGUCACCCGGAAAACAAGGUAAAGACUGACCUGCAGAGAGCAACCGAGCAGCCCACACAGCUGUUUUGGGAGAGGAGGUUGAAAGGUUUGCAAUCAUCAGAUGUCUCAGAAAAAGUUAUGCGUACUAUGGACCUACCCAAAGGUCUACAGAGUGUCGGUCUGGACUCGAGUGAUGACACUCUGUUGCGUGCCAUCGCCAGUGCUCUGCACAUGGGCUCAUCCCCUAUCACAGGACAAACAUCUGUGGCAGCUGAGAAGAACCCAGCAAUCUGGCUGAACACAUCUCAGCCCCUCUGCAAGGCCUUUACCGUGACUGAUGAACAAAUACGAGAGCAGGAGCUCAAGGUCCAUCAAGCACGGAGGAGUUUGGAGGAGGCGCUGAUGGCCGAUGGCUUGGCGCGGGCUGCUGAAAACACCCGAGAAAUGCAGGAGGGGAUGACGGCUUAAAGACAUAAAAGGGAGACAGAGUUGUUCUGUUCACCAACCUCAGGUUAAUCUUCAUCUUCAUCUGGACCCCAAACCAAACAAAAAAUAUUUCAUGAUCAUCUUUUUAAUUCUGCAACUUUCCUGUUAUUUAACCAUUUCCUGGAUGUCCUACGAUAAACGUUCACCAGCAGAGACAAGUAACGACAGAAUACAUAAGUCCGUUUUCAAAAUUCUGUGCUGUAUUUGUUUUUACGUGCAAUAUCUAAACCCAUCUAAUAUGUCAUCUAAAAUUGCAAACUGCUGGACGGCUCUUGCUAAUAAUUUUUUUUUUCUUUUUUUUUUUAUUCCGCUAAAAUCAGGGUUCUACAUCAAUAUGAAAUGAAAUAGAGUAGUCUUAUUUAAUGCACAUUUUGUAUGUUGACAGUCGUGUACAUGUUUUGGGCUGACGUAAAUAAAUAAUUAUAUUCAUAA